UUUAAGUCGGGGAGAAAAGAAAAAAAAGUCAGAAAACAUCUGCGCGUCUGAAGUUGUAUUUAUGUCCCAAAGAAGAAAAAAGAAAAGGAAGAAUCGUGGAUAAAAGUCAACACCGAAGAUAGCCUUGAUAUUUUUCUCUCUUUUUGAGCGUUUUUGUACUUUUACAAGUGGGUUAGACUUUGGGUCGGCUUGACUCACUGUGUGUGCGUGUGUGUGUGGAGGAUGGCACCGGGGUGUGUGGUCGCCUUCAGGCGGACUCGCUGCUCGGCUGGCGGCCACGCAGACCUCUGACAGUCCGCCUCUUCUUGGGGACUGAAUCAGAACCAGAACCCGCAGGGCGGGCCUGUUGCUGGAACUGGAUCCAGGAUGUCCUCCGAGCUGGUGGUGGGUCUCCUCUUUAGGGUUCUGCUGCCCCUCAGCUUGACUGCAGCUGCUUUGCUGCGUUUUAAUGGCUUCUCGCUGGUUUAUGUCCUCCUGCUGCUCCUGCUGCCCUUGCUGCCGGAACCCAGCAACUCCCUGGGAGCAGGUAACACAAGUCGCUGUGUGACAGCCAUUUGUGUGUCCAGUUUCCUCUUCCUGUUACUGCAGACGUUCUUUCAGCUGACCACGACAACGCUGCAACCUGAGUACAACUGCACGUCCUGGCAGAAAGCGCUGAGUCAGCUGGGAUUGGUCAGCCUUACAGGAAGUGAUGUAGCCUCCGCUGUGCGACACAUCCUUCCAGAUGUUGGCGUGCUGGUCAUUGGCCUGGUGACAUGGAGGCUCAGCCUGAGAUUGACCCCUGAAACACACACGCAGCAGCAGGGUCCUCAGGAUGAUGUGGUUUUUCACGAGGAAGAAGAAGGAACCAAAAAGAACCGAAUCCUGGCUGAACUGGAAGUACUGGUCUGCAAAACCAGGAUAAUGCUCGCAAACAUGAUGACCACUGGAGGGAAAGUUCUGCUGACAGUUUUGCUCGGACUCACAGGUAUCGUGCUUCCGUCCCUCUCCUCCCUUCCCUACCUGCUGUGUUUCCAGGUGGUUUGCACCUGGUGGGCGAGAUCUGGUUGGGUCCCGCCCCUCCUCUUCAAGUGUUUGUCUGUGACCUCACUGAUCUACUCCUCCUGCCACUUCCUCCUCGUCUAUUCCUACCAGCUGCCGUCACUGCAGGAAGCGUGGCUUCCCAACCACACCUCAGCAAGUGUGUUUGGCAUGGUGCCUCUGGUGUCGGUGGACUGCACUGCCCCCUGGAGGAUGCAAGUGAAUACAGAGCUCAGCUGGUUUCAUUUCGUCAGUCCUCUGAUGUUGCUGCUGCUUUUCCACACUGUUGCUAGUCUUUGGAGAAACCAGCUGAUAAAUGGCGAAGGGGCACGAAGCACAGACAAGACUGAAUCGGUGGACCCCGGGAGCUGUGACAUCAUCACCACCACGAGCUUUGUUAGUGAUGAGGUCAGCAGUGACAUCACAGCAGAGAGGCGGAGAGAGCUGUGGAGGAGGGCUCACACUGGGCGGGACCACAGAAAUGUUCUGGAUACUUCUACCAACAACAGUCCCUCUGAGUCUUUGGCCCCGCCCACACAGAGCACAGCCCUCGAGUUGGACACGCCUCACUACUCCCUCAGCCAAUCAGACACGUUGGAGACAUGCGUCUUUGAAGGAGACGCUGACGCAUGGGGGGAGGAGCCAGAAGCACCAGGAGUGGGUGUAGCUUCCAUGGCCUUCAGCUUUCUUCUCAAGCAGAGUUACAUCUGCGCUCUGAUCGCCAUGAUGGCAUGGUCCAUCACAUACGUGUCAUGGAUGACUUGUGUGUUGCUGCUCUGGUCGUGUGCGCUCUGGAUGAUGCGCGAGCGACGCCGCUAUACGCUCAUGUCGUCACCAUGGCUGGUCGCCUAUGGCAACCUGAUGCUGAUCCUGCAAUACAUCUACAGCUUUGCUGCUGUCCCGGAAGUCCCGGGACUGUUCCCGAAAAAAGACGAUCCCUGCAGGGAGCUCGCCUCCAAGCUGGUGUGUCUGUUGACCUUCUGGUUGCUGCUGCGUCAAGCACUCACAGAGAAGAGAGACAGACAGAAAGACACACAGACGCAGUCUCAAUUGUCCGCCAUCACCGUCCAUAUCAAAGAGGAUCAGAAAGCGGAGCAAGAGAAGAUACAAGAGAUUUCCUAUGAGAAGGUGCUUCUGUUGAGUGGAGGAGUUCAGAUGGAGGCUCUGGUGGCCGUGGUGACCAGGAUGUUUGUCAAAUACUGGAUCUACGUCUGCGGAACAAUGUUCUUCUUUGUCAGUUUUGAAGGCAAAAUCGUCCUCUACAAGGUCAUCUACAUGGUGAUGUUCCUGUGCUGUGUCGCCCUUUACCAGUUGAACUACGAAAAAUGGCGGGCCUUGUUGCGAGGCUUCUGGGUAGCUGUGGUGGUUUACUCCAUGUUGGUCCUCAUUCUGGUCUACACCUUCCAAUUCCCCUCGUCCCUCCACACCUGGAGCUACUACACUGGACUCAGCACUCACAGGCUGGAGGAUUUGGGUUUGGAGAAAUUCUCUGUUCCGGUUCUCUUCACCAGGAUCUUCAUUCCCACAGCUUUCCUAUUGGUGUGCAUCGUACACCUGCACUACUUCCAUGAACCCUUCCUCCAGCUGACGGACCUCAAAACAGUGGUGGACACGCACAACAGCACCAUCACCAGGUUGGUCCACAGUGAGGGCAGCCUUGUGGAUCUGUCAGUGGAAGGAGCUUCUCAGCUCCCUCUGGAGGAAGACCAAGGAGAAGUCCUGGUGGAAAAAGAGGAGGAAGAGAUUGAGGAGAAGUGGAGAUCAGAAGAAGAAGAGGAAGAGUACCCCUCUAUGUUUGAGGAGGACACCCUGUCUGACCACAUCACAGUGUUGGUGUCCUGGAGGCUGGUAGUGGACCGCUUGUCUGUCUUGUUCCUACGGCUCCUCCUGUCUCUGCAGCGUCUGCAGCGCCUCCUCUGGUGGCUCCUAGAACUUCAUAUUGUCAAAAUUGUCUCCUCCUACAUGAUUUGGAUCUCAGUGAAGGAGGUGUGCAUGUUCAACUUACUGUUUGUAGUGUGUGUGGGAGUGGCUCUGCCCUGCAGGGCCUGGCGCCCCCUGUUGUCUGGGAUGUGCACAGUGUGGACCUGUGUGGUUACAGUUUGUAAGAUGAUGUACCAACUCAAUGUUGUCCAGCCCAACACCUGCAAUUGCAGCAUGGUAACCUCUCCGUCUAUUGCACUUUGUGUCACAGACUGUCGCACUGACCUGUUUGUCUGUCUUCAGCCAGGUAACUCCUCUACAAACAUGUCUCGCUCAGCAUUGUACUCUGGUCCAAUUGACCCUGCCCAGUGGGUGGGCCUUCGUAAAUCUGAAGGAAAACUGCUUGAUUAUUUGAGGUACAACCUGAUGAUGCUCGCACUUUUAGCCUUUGAAGUGACAGUUUACAGACACCAGGAGCUCUACCGUCUCCGCUGCAACAAAGUCCCGCCUCCAACGAGAACAUUGUUCCAUGACAUCACCAGGCGUCACUUGGAUGAAAACAUGUUAAGCUGCGCCAAAUACUUCCUCAAUUACUUCUUUUACAAGUUUGGCCUGGAGACCUGCUUCCUGUUGGCAGUUAACGUGAUUGGCCAGCGGAUGGAUCUGUUCGCUGUAGGCCACGCGCUCGGGCUCAUCAGUGUCUUAUCGAGGCGCAGCAGGAAGCGGAUCAGUGCAAUGUGGCCGAAGUACUGCUACUUCCUGUCAGCGCUCCUAUGCUUUCAGUAUAUGCUGUGCAUUGGAUUCCCUCCUGCUGCCUGCAAAGAUUAUCCAUGGCGACCACCAACAUCCAACAUGGACUCCAACGUGGUGAAAUGGCUCUUCCUCCCAGAUCAUCUGACUCCACCAAACCCACUCUUCCUUCUCUACGACUUCCUGCUUCUGCUGGGCGCUUCGCUGCAGCUUCAGGUGUUCGAGGACGAACUCGAUGCCGGUGUCCAGACGUUGGCGGGGGACAACGCAGAGCUUGACGCAGAAGACGGACAGGUCUGGGAUCCAGUCAUGAGGCUUCGUCUCAGCACCGUACCUGACUUCACGCUGUGCAGGUCCUACCUAGACAUGAUGAAGAUUAUUAUUUUUUGCUACAUGUUCUGGUUUGUCCUCACCAUCAUCUUCAUUACUGGGACCACGAGGAUCAGCAUCUUCUGUAUGGGUUACCUUGUGGCGUGUUUCUACUUUCUGUUGGUGGGUGGUGACUUGCUACUGAAACCGGUCAGCUCCAUCCUGGUUUACUGGGACUGUCUGAUCGGCUACAACAUCUUCGUCAUCACCAUGAAGAACAUCCUGUCUAUCUUGGCAUGCGGCUUCAUCAAGUCGCUGGUUGUGAACCACUGCUGGCUGGUCCAGCUCUUCAGCCUGGCGUGCACCAUCCGAGGAUACACCAAACCGGAGCAGCAGAGCAGUAAACAGUGUGAGUUGCCAAGCGACGAGGCAGGGAUCAUCUGGGAUGGCGUGUGUUUCUGCUUCCUGUUGCUGCAGCGAAGGGUCUUCAGGAGUCACUACUUCCUCUACGUGGUCCUGGACCUGCAAAACACGCAACUGCUGGCCUCCAGGGGGGCAGAGCUCUUUGAAGCGUCCACUGUGAAAGCGGUGCGAGCGAGACUGGAGGUGGAAAAGAUGUCCAUGGACCUGCUGAAGAGACAGAUGGAAAGGAUUAAAUCUCGCCAGCAGAAGUUCCGUAGAGGAAAAGAGAAAUUGCUCAGUUUAACCCAGAAGAGCAUCCAUGGUGACGCACAGGAAAAGGCAAAAGGGCGUCAUCAGGGGGAUUGGUGGAGACCCUGGGUGAACCACGCCUCCAUGGUGAGGAGCGGCGACUACUUCCUGUUCGAGAGUGACAGCGAGGAGGAAGAAGAGGACAAAAAGGAACAGGUGGCGGAGGAAGAGGAGCAUCCUGAGAAAUCUGCUUUUCAGUUUGUCUAUCACGCCUGGAUAACCGACUCCAGAACAGCACUGAGAGCUCGUCACAGCCAAAAGAAACUGUGGAAGAAGAACUCAUGUGAAGAGCGGAGGGGAGAGAAGACAGCCGCUUGUGGUUCUACUGAGGUGACGGAGGAGUCGGAGGAGGAUGGCGAAGAAGACAAGGAGGAUGGACCAGAUACCGUCCUGCAUCGGGUCUCCAGCAUUCUUCGCUUUUGCUGGGUUCUGUUGUCGGCUCUGUUGGACUCCUUGACCGCUUGGCUCUGUGGUUUGUGUCGGGAACAUGUGGACAUCUCCACCGUCCUCCGCAUCGAGCGCUGCAUGCUGACCCAGCAGGCCAAGCAGGGUCAAGUGCCAUCCAGAGAGGCCAUCCAUGUCUACUACCAGGAACAGAUGAUGAGAAGUUCCAGAGAAUCGGGAUUGGACCAUGAGGAAGAUGGGCCUACAGGAGGGAGAGAACAGUGUGAAGACGAUGAGGCUACAAGUCUGGAUACAGAUGAAGUUGAAAGCCCAGGAUCAGGUGAUCAAGCUCAAGAACUACCAACAGGAAGUGGACUAGAAUUGGCCUCCAGAGAUGAAGCAUCAGUGAUAUCACAAGCUACAGCAGAAGAUGGUUCAGCUGUGGGCCUUACAAGGGAAGAUUACGCAGAGUUCCCUGUGGCCACAACCAGCCAGCACCAGCGACCUAAGCUUACCAGGAUGCAGAAGGUGGCGUCAUCCUCGUUUUCUUCAUCUUCAGAAGAAGAGGACCACAGCGCCGGAGAACAACCUUCCUCCAGGGCCGCCUCCCUCCCCUGUCAGGGGUGCCCCCCCUCCUACAGCUACGCUCUCGGCCUGGAUACGCAGGACCAGGAAGGAGAGCAAGACAUUCUAAAGAAGAGGAGGCGGGGAUCAAGAUCAGGAUUAAGGCAGAGGCGGCCGUUAUUUGAGAAGACUGACUUCCCGUCUGGUUGCACCGCCGCUUCCUGCCCGCUGGCAUCUCGCCCUCAAGAGCUUACAGCGAGUGAGCUGCUGAGGAACAGGACUUUCCACAACGAGGAGCUGGAGGCAUCAGAUGGUUUCUAUAGCAACCAACCCCAGCUGCUCCAGCUAUGUUACGCCAUCUAUAACAUUGUGGCUGCUAGAUCAGAGACGGUGUGCUACCUGGUCAUCGUCUUGAACCACAUGGUGUCUGCCAGCUGUCUCACCUUGGUUCUUCCUGUCCUGGUGUUCCUUUGGGCCACUCUGUCUGUUCCUCGACCUAGUAAGACCUUCUGGAUGACGGCCAUCAUCUACACUGAGGUCACCAUCGUGAUCAAGUAUUUCUUCCAGUUUGGCUUCUUCCCCUUCAACCAGAAACUGGAGGUGGACCGCUCCAAACCCUUCCACCCACCUAACAUCCUGGGAGUGGAGAAGAAGGAAGGCUAUGUCCUGUAUGACCUGCUGCAACUGCUUGCUUUGUUCUACCACCGGGCCAUACUGAAGUGCCAUGGGCUCUGGGACCAGACUUCUGCUACUGAUUCUCAACAUCAUGAUGGCAACCACCCAGAAUUAAGUCCAUGUUCCACACCAACAGACACGGUGCGCUGGCGUGGUGGGAGGCACACCCGUUCCAGCUCCACCCAAAUGUGCUCUCCUGCAGGCAGUCUGAGUUCCAUUCAAAAACUCAGCAGGUUGGACCUCCUGCUGGAGAAGCUUACAGAACUUUCAAUCCGAGCCAAGCAGUAUUGUGUUUGCAGAUGUAAGUCUCUCUAUGGUCCAGUGCGUCAGUUCUUCCAAGCUCUCGUCCAACCAGAGUACAGCGCUGUCACAGAUGUUUAUGUCCUGAUGUUCCUGGCGGACACCAUCGACUUCAUUAUCAUCGUUUUCGGCUUCUGGGCGUUUGGGAAACACUCCGCAGCCGCGGACAUCACUUCGUCCUUGUCAGAGGACCAAGUUCCUGAAGCAUUCUUGGUGAUGGUUCUUAUCCAGUUUGGUACGAUGGUGAUAGACCGAGCUCUCUAUUUAAGGAAGACCGUUUUGGGGAAGUUGGUCUUUCAGGUGAUCUUGGUCUUAGGGAUUCAUUUCUGGAUGUUCUUCAUCUUGCCGACGGUGACUGAGAGGCGCUUCAAUCAGAACUUGGUGGCUCAGCUGUGGUAUUUCGUGAAAUGUAUUUACUUCGGCUUGUCGGCCUAUCAGAUUCGCUCAGGUUACCCGACACGUGUUUUGGGCAACUUCCUGACGAAGAGCUACAACUACCUCAACCUGUUCCUGUUCCAGGGCUUCCGUCUGGUUCCCUUCCUGACGGAACUACGGGCCGUGAUGGACUGGGUGUGGACUGACACCACCUUGUCCCUGUCCUCCUGGAUCUGCGUGGAGGACGUCUAUGCCCACUGCUUUGUCUUAAAGUGUUGGAGGGAGUCUGAAAAGCGAUACCCUCAGCCUCGCGGUCAGAAGAAGAAGCGAGUGGUGAAGUACGGCAUGGGAGGUCUGAUUGUUUUGCUGCUGAUCUGCAUUGUGUGGUUUCCUUUGCUCUUCAUGUCCCUCAUUAAGUCCGUCGCUGGUGUCAUCAACCGGCCCCUGGACGUCUCUCUGACUGUCACUCUUGGAGGCUUCCAGCCUAUCUUUACGAUGAGCGCGCAGCAGAAUCAGCUGAAAGACCUGACAGAGGACGACUUCAGAGCCUUCAUCAGUUCCUACAGUUACACACCUAGUGCCUUGCAGUUCCUGGAAGCAUACAGUCACGAGGAUGUGACAGUGGCGGAACUGCAAGGUAGCAGUAACUCCCUGUGGACCAUCAGUCCUCCGAGCAGGCGCUACCUGAGCCAGGUGCUCAACCUGGACCACUUCCCCCUGACCUUAUCCUGGACUGUGCAGAGGAACUUAAGUCUUGGGGCAAAGGCGGAGCUUGCCUCGGGUAAACAUGUGACGUACCUGGAUGAUCAGACUCGUUUGGAGCUGAUCCAGCUGCUGAAUGGUACCAGAACAUUUCCUGUCGUGAUUCACGCCGUGCUGCCAUCUUUCCUACGCGCUCCCAGCGACUCCAACGCCAAACCCAUUGAACAGCUUUAUGCAGACGGCCUCUACAAGGACAUUUUGUUGUCCCUGGAGCGAACAGACAACGACAGCCAAGAGAUUCAGGAGUGGUGGAUAGUUGACCAACCAGCUUCUAGCCUGGUGCCUGUGAGAGGCGGAGCUUCAACAGAAGACAACAGGAGAGAGGCGGGGCUCCAGCUAUUUGUGUUCAGCGAUAAAGUCAGCCCACCUAGUCUGGGAUUCCUGGCAGGAUACGGCAUUAUGGGACUGUACGCCUCAGUAGUGCUGGUCAUCGGGAAGUUUGUACGAGAAUUCUUCAGCGGGAUCAGUCACUCCAUCAUGUUUGAGGAGCUGCCCUGCGUUGACCGCAUCCUCAAACUGUGCACCGACAUCUUCUUGGUGCGGGAGACGGGUGAGCUGGAGCUGGAGGAGGAGCUUUACGCCAAACUGAUUUUCUUGUAUCGAUCGCCAGAGACUUUGAUCAAGUGGACCAGACGCUGAUCUCAACUGACCUGCUGUGAUGUCAUCCACUGUGAACAUGAUCUAUUUAAAGUGGGAGAUUGCCCUCAAGCAACUGGAAAAGGCAUUCCGGUGGAAUGUGUUUGUGAUGUCAUUUACUGGGGGGGAAAAGGGGAUAUUUCUGGAGAUGUCCUGGAAUGGAGACUUUACUGGAACUUUUUCUUCCACCUGCUGGUUGACCACUUAGCAGGUAACAUUAGGAUUAAAGGGCUAAGAGCUGAUAGUGUUUUAUCAAUAAAUAUAAGCGACACAUCCCGGAAUAACUGGAAUUUUGCAUUCUGAUGAAGUGACAGGAACUGAAGGAUGAACAUGCACCAACGACGAAAUGAAAUAAGGGGCAGAGCUACCGUUGCCCCAAAAUUCUAGGAGUAUUAUAAAUAAACCUAACAUUCCUCUAAA